AAGUUCCUGCUGGCACAGGGACGUGUGGGGAAUACGUAACCGGCGCUGGCUGCGCUGGAGGAGACCUCUCUCAGCUCCUCUCAGUCACUUUGGACUCUGAUCGCAGUGAUUACACGCCGCCUCCUGGCUGCUGCUCAGGGCUUGCGGUGUGCCGUGGAUCCAGAGCGUCCUCGCACAGCCCCGGGCAGCAGCAGCAGCGCCCAGUUGUACUGGCAGGUCAGGGGGCGACACAUGCUCCUUGCUGGGGACCCUCCACCAGCAGCUCUCCGGUGACCUCUGAGGAGAUCUGUCUGGCCUGGCCCCUCCCAGUCGGCUCGGGUUCUGCUGCGGCGCAUCCCAGCCACCACCCCCUUCCAUGCUCCCUCCGAGCAGUGUGAGCCGCCUUGUGUUACAUUACAGCAGCUGCUCCUGCGAUCCGGGGAGAGGAGGCAGCAGCGGUCCCCGCACACACAGCCAUGGCGUGGAGGAGGAGGAGAGGGUCCCCUGCCUGCGGACAGGAUCCGGUCCUGCGGUCCCCUUGUGUCCUCGCCGUGCUGCUGCUGUGCAGGGUGUGCGGUUCAUUUGCGGGUCAGAUACAUGUGGAUCCUCUUGGGACUGCGGUGUGGGGAAAGAACAUCACUUUGAAGUGCUUAAUUGAGGUCAAUGAAACAAUAACACAAAUCUCAUGGGAGAAGGUCAUCGGCAAAAGUACUCAGAACAUAGCUGUUCAUCACCCAAUUUAUGGAACGGACUUUCAAGGAUCAUAUCAGAAUAGAACCACGUUCAAAAAUACAUCGCUCCACGAUGCUACAAUUGUUAUAAAUAACGUUGAUUUUCCUGAUGCUGGGGAAUACAUUUGCAAAGCUGUGACAUUCCCGCUUGGAAAUGUACAAGCCUCAACUACUGUGACUGUGCUUGUUGAGCCUACUGUGAGUAUAAGAAAAGGACCGGAACCAUUAUUGGAUGGUGCAAAUGAAACCGUGGCGGCCUACUGUACUGCAGCUACAGGAAAACCUGCUGCAGAAGUGUCCUGGGAGGAGUCACUUGGAAAAUCAGAGAUAACGUCCACAUCUUUUGCAAACAAAACUGUGACUGUGGUAAGCCAAUACAGGCUGAUCCCAACCAGAUUUGCAAGAAGGAGAAACAUAACUUGCGUUGUAAAGCACCCUGCUUGGGAGACUGAGAUUAGGUAUCCUUUUACAUUGGAUAUUCAAUAUGCUCCUGAAGUUUCAAUAACUGGCUACGACGGCAAUUGGUUUGUUGGAAGAAAAAAUGUCCUACUCAAGUGUAAUGCUGAUGCUAAUCCAUAUCCCACAGAAAUAAAAUGGACCAGGUUAGAUGGAAACUGGCCUGAUGGUUUAUUGUCUGUCAAUAAUACACUACAUUUCAACUACCCUCUAACUUACAAUGUUUCUGGGACAUAUAUGUGCAGAGUGGUCAAUGCCCUUGGGCAGAAAAGUGAUCAAAAGAUCAUCACUAUUUUAGAUCCUCCCGCUACUACUCUACCUCCUACAGUUCCACAGACCCAUUCAACCAUUGAUGCAGACUUAGCAACGACUUCCAGAAAGUUUCAUAUCCCAGCUUCAACUAUGGCAACCAUGCAGGAUGGAAAUUUUGGCACCAUUAUUGGCAGCGUAGUAGGAGGUUGCCUAUUCUUGAUCCUUGUGAUUGUACUAUUUGGAGUUCUAUACCAUAGAAGGAAACAGACGUUCCGUGGGGAUUAUUUUACAAAAAGCUACAUUCCUCCUUCUGAUAUGCAGAAAGAGUCCCAAAUUGAUGUUUUCCAGCCUGAAGACCUUGAUCCAUAUCCUCAAAACCUGAAAAAGGAGGUUGACAGUAAAAGCAACGAUCAUAUUUAUAACGAGUAUCUACAUGAUGAUGACAACACUGACUGGAACCAUGUUGGCUAUAACAGAUAUCAAGAGCAGUUUGAUAGGCCAGUCAACAAUUAUACUGACAAAAACAUACCUGUGGUUUCAAGGUAUAAUCAGAACUUCGACAACGAAGAUGACUUGGUUUCCCAUAUGGAUGGUUCUGUCAUAUCCAGAAGGGAGUGGUAUGUGUAGAGACUGUUGCAAGAGGACUUUAAUAAGCAUUCAGCAACACGACUGUCAGAUUUACAUUUCUGAUCUUUUUUUUUUUUCCUGCCAAGUUUUCAUACCUGUUUUACCGCCACUUAAAAUUGGAUUUGUAAAAUGUUCGUUUCUCGCAUCCACUUAAAUUUGUACCAUGUAAAUACAUUAAGCUUUCAAUAUUUGUUUUAUUAGAAUAGCAAAUUUCCCAUAAAUGAAGUUAUCUAUUUGGUAAUAUGGUGCUACCAGCACAAAUGUGCUAUAACACAUAGCAACCAAUAAAUUUUAAGUUUAGAUCAAACUUGUUUAAGUUUAAAUGUAAAUAUCCUGUUGCUAUAGGUUACAGUAUGUUUCUGCUGCUUACACCCGUUGUAUAAGUUAGCCUUAUAUAGUAGCUCAUGCAGUUACAAUAGUAGAUCAACAUUCAUUGGAUAGAACACUGGUAAUUGUACUAAUUCCCAUCCACAUCCAUUGCAUUUUCUGCUAUAGCUUAGAAAAUGCCAAAAAACAAACAAAAGGAAACCUUGCUGCUACUAAUUAAUGUACAAUAGUUCAGUUACAUUUAGACGAGCACUUAAGAGAACAAUCCAGAACAUUUAUUUGUAAAAUGCUUCACCACGGUUAAGGACGCAAUUUAUUUUUGUAAGGUAUUUUUUAGGAAUUUUCUACUUUUUCUAUAGUUCAGAUUAAGUGCUGUAUGUUUAGUAUUUCACUCAAAAAAGAAGUGUUUAAAAGCAUAUAGCAUUUAAAUAUCAACACGGCAUAGAUCAGAUUUGUAACUUUAUUUAAUUUUUUUUCAUGUUUUCGUUGAUAAGUUUUCGAUAAAUAGCUGAUUAAAAAGAAACAUUUUGUUUUAUUGUAGCCACAGAGACUUUUAUUUUUCCUUUUCAGUAAUCCGUUGCAUUUUAUUGUGGUACUUUAAUUUUAAGAGAAAAAAAUUUCAGAGUGUUGCACUAAGCCAUACUGAACUAUUUGCAGUGUGGAAAUUACACUGAACCUAAUGACAGUGCAAAGUACAACGUUGACCUAUGAUAGCGCCUGCAGCCAUUUUGUCUGCUAAACUGAGUAUCACCAGAAUUGCAGUUUAUCAAUUAACUGGAAUCAACUGUAUGAAGAACAUAGGUCACCUCUUGCCUCAGUUUUAUCCCUAGUGAAUUCUUAUACUAUAUUCUAAGAUAGUUUACCUCACAAAACUGCUGUCCCGCUAUGUGUAGGCAACAUUUGAUCUUUAACCCUUAAUUCCAUUUGAAUAAAUAUAGGGGGUAGUUGUAUCAAAGCUUGGAUAGAGAGAAAGUGUAAACCAAUUAGCUCCUGUCAUUUUUCAAACACAAGUGACAGAAGCUGAUUGUACUUUAUCUACAAGCAUUGAUAAAUCUCCCCUAUAGGUUGGGGUGAAAUUAAAGUAAAUAAAAAGCAAACUGUUCUCUGUAGUCGCAAUCCUAGGGACUCCAAAACUAUCAGCCAACCUUUUCGGGGAAAAGGGUCUUGACAAUACCAAUGAGGAGGCCCACCCAAGUAAGUUGAGAGUCUCAUGACCUAGGCCAUUAAGAGCACUUGCCAAAUUAAUUUGGUAAAAACAUUUGGUGUGUUUUAUCAUCUGACUUAUUCCAACCCCAAGCUACAUUUUUAGUAUUGGGUUCACUAAGGCCACCAUACAUCAGCGAUGGAUUGGGGCAAUGACCCAAUUUCUCGAAGGUCACGUUGGGGGAUCAGGAUUUUUAAACAUGUUUCAAAAUCCCAAUUCCCCGUUCCCGAUCAGUAAUGGUCGGGUUCGUCAAAUCAGUCAUUAUUAACAUGUUUAAUUUCCUUGACGCAUUGCUGUUUGGCGGAUUAAUGUUUCCGGAAGGGUCGGGCAAUCACCGCAUAGAUGUAUGGGGGCCUUUAGUCUUAUCCAACUUUUGCUGCUCUAAAUAGUUGACUACAUAGAAAUUAUGUUCUUUGGACUAAAACUACAUGUGAAAAAAAAUCAAAUGCAUUGAUUUGUUAAAUAAAACCAAGCGCAUCAAAACAACACUGGUUUUACACUUCAUAGUAUUUAACUUCGGUAAAAAACACAGAUAAUCCGCGUCCCUAAAAAGCCAACGUUUAGUAUAUAAACCCCUAUAAAUACUUUUAGUAUAGUAUUUUCUUUACUAACAUUUUAACUAUUAGCUGUACAAAAAAAUAAAAAUAAAUUGGAGUUUAAUAUUCAAUUUUUUUCUUCCUUUUUUGAAAUGGAAACAAAUGGAAUAUAAAAAAAACGGAAUAUCAAACUACCAAUUUUCUUUAAUUACCUCUCAUAGAGUCCUGUGUAUGCUGUGAAUUUGAAAUUUUUAUUAGGUCCCCCACCAGAGAUAUAAGAGGUCAAUUUAGGUGAAAAAUGGAAAAACAAUCAAUUUCAAGGUGCUCUAAUAAAAAAAAGUAGGCAAGAUGGAUAACUCAAAAUUUGUUUGGCAAAUCUUUGAGUAUAUAACUAUUCCCAAACAAAAUUACAGCUCUGAAUUAUAUUUAGUCCCAAUCCAAAAAAUACUCUUUUUUUUUUUUUUUUUUUUUUUUUUAUAAUCUGACAACUAACUUUGGUCUUAAAUUUUAGUCAUAAGGAAGUGAGGUAGGAAAAUAGUUAUAUGACAAAAAAAUUACCUUUUAAAUGUGCUGAAAAUAAUGGGGUUUAUACCAGCUUUCUAUGACUUUUCUGAGCUGAGAUAAACCCCAAAUGUCCAUAACAGUUAAAAAUGGCAUACACCAUGAUACAAAAAUGUCCGCCAUCUUCAGAUGAAGGUAAAUAAAGUAAUGGUGGUUUCUGACCACUAACUUACAGGGGUCAUCACACACAAAAACAUAAAAUAUUGCAAAAAUGGUCAAGCAACCAGGACUGGACCACUUCGCAAGGAUUGACUCCAAAGUACUAAUAGGCGGUUUUGACUAAUAGGCCCCAUAAUCAGCAAUAAAAAAAAUCACUUAUUCUGCCUUUUCCCACACCCGGAUUUAACAAUUCUCCAAUCCAUCAAUAUGCGCAUUGCAAACAUUGCAGAUAUUUUUCAGUGAUUUGCAGAUUAUUUUUUUUCAUCCAAAGAUGAUAUUUGUAGAUCAUUAAAGUUCCCAAUUUGCUAGUAAAAUACUAGUAACUGUCUUAAAAUUGGCUGAUUGUUGCCAUAUGCUAUCUACAGCCCUGAUUGGUCUUUCAAAUCCAAUAUGUUGGACAAUCUGACUUACUGAUUCCAAUCACCUUUUGGUCGCCAUCUGCAAAGCGCAGAAUUGUCCCAAUUGAUUGCUGAUGUAUGGGACCCUUAUUAUGUCAAGGUACGCUUUCUCCCACUACAAAAUAAUCAUGGUGUAAACCAAACAAAGCGUGCUUUUAUCUAAUUGAAAUAUGAAUGGUACUUAAUAUCCUCCAUUCCCAACAAUAGUAAUAUAAUAAUCACAUUUUAAAUGUGGUAUUCUGUCCUCACAUACAGUAUACAAGUCUCCUCCUUACAUUGUUUUGGCCAGAGCCAGCAAAUGCUUACUGUGGUUACACUGUCCAUCAGCUUGUCUGCCAGCUACCAUAUACUAUACAGCCUCUUCCACGUGUUAGACAGGUCUUCUCUUACAUAACUCAAUUUGAUAACUUGCAGCAAUAUGAUUGUUAUAGUAACAGCUAAUGCUCUGAAAUGUUUAAGCCCUCACGUUAUAUAGAAUACAUAUAAUAUCCUAUGCCCAUAGUUAGGAAUACUGUAAAGUGAGGGUUGCUUAUCACUUUUGUCUGGAGUCAGUCACUUGCAGCUUCUUCUUGUAGUCCAAAUGCAUCCUGACCCAGAAGAAUGUUCUCUGUUCAGAGUGGGUUUUUCUUAGGGUUUCUGUCCUUUUCCUAUAUUCCUGUGGUCACAUCCACUGGACAGAGGUGAUGCAUAGUUUACUGCUCUAGCUCCGUCCAUUGUGUAGGUAACUCCUCUUUCACAUCAUGCUGGUCAGUGCAUGUGUUGCAUCAUUAAGCAGGACUUUGCACACCAAAAAACAAAGAGGAAAAAUACAGUAUUUUCCCCAGUAGUAUAAUCUACAUUACACAAUAACAUCCAUUAUUUCUUAAGUAAGAAUUAUUUUGAUUGCUUAAUAUGCAUUAAUUGUUACAUUUGUGUAUGACUUAAGCCUUUGUACACAGAAAAUUGCAGCUGUAGUUGAUCAGCAGGAGUCUGACGUAGUGCCAGAUAAUUAUGGCGCUGUUGACACCCUUACUUAGCUAAUUCUUCAAUGUUGUGUCAUUGUGUUAAUGAUUACACUGAGAAAUCCAUAGUCUACAAUGCAGGUUUUUUUAUGUUGUGUCCCCUGUCCUACACUGCGCUUUAUGUUUUAGGUGACUUUGUAGAAGCAAUAUUGUCCAAGUGGUGAAGCCAUGCCUUUAGCCUUACCGUCUUCUUUAUUCCAUUCUAUCCUAUCAUAUGCUUUACUCUUAUAAUAAAUCUGCAAAAUUAUGUCACAGUGCCAUGUAACAAGAAAAGCCAUUAGUCUCAAAUAUGUAAGGAUUUAAUAUAUGUGACUGUUGUUCAGUUGGAUCACAGCUACUGAUACAGAUUAUUUUUAUUUAUAACUCUAAAGAACAUGCUGGUUUCAUUUUCUCGGUGCAUUAGUAGGUCUGCAUUCACAUGUUUAGGUAAUCAAACUUAGUAGUGAUGCCAAAGUAAGCAUUUUGUAUGUUUAAAAACAAAACACGUGUUUACCGUGUCUAUAUGGACUGGGUUUAAAUACACAAGCAUUUCUGAAUGUAUAAACUUUAAUUUUUAUUAUUAUUUAAUGUUAAAGCAUUUUACGGUUUGAAAUCCACAAUGUUGAGGUCAUAUUGACCCCUUAACUGCUGUAGUUUACGUCGUCUUUUUUUGUGUGUUUUUUUUUUUUUUUUUAAUGCAGAGAACACUUAAGUGCACUUUUUUUCCCCAAAAAUAUACAGGAAGCUGUCUGUAUAUGAUGUUUGCUUUUUUAAAGUUUCUUACAUUUGUUAUAAAACGUAAAGCUGGCUUCACGUGGUCAAUGUGCAGUCCAAUCCAUUUUAUGUCAUUAUUGCGAUUGAAUGGUUAAAAAAAAAAUAUAUAUAUAUAUGUUGAUGAAAACCAAUCACAUAUAAGUGUUACUAUUGCAAUAUUGUUGUUCAACUGUAGCUACACUACAUAACACAUGUUGUAUACAGUAUAUAUAUUUUUUUCUAAAAACAAUAGAAUUGAUAGAGAUGGAUGGGUAAUUGUUACUGGAUCUUUCUGCAGCAACAAAAAAUUAAUAAAUAGUUUGCAUAUGUCUGUUAUGUAGCCUAAAUAGAGAGUUGCAUUUCCACAUGUCAGUUCCGCCUCACUAAAGGACUCCAUUUGUUUGAUUGUGGUUAGGUUGAGUUUUGAUCAUUCUUCCCUUUCUACAUAAUGCAAAAAGGUCAUUAUACAGGUUGGGCAUCCCUUAUUCAAGAUCCAGAAAUGAUCCAAACCCUACAUUUUUGGAGUGCCAUCUGGGAUACUGACACUUUGCUUUCUGAUGGCUCAGUGUAAACAAACUGUUUCAUGCACAAAGUUAUUAAAUAUAAAAUGAGCUACAGGCUACGUACAGUAUAUAAUGUGCACAUAAAACAUUAAAGUGUUUCUUGUUUAGACUUUGGUCCCCAUCCCCAAGAUAUCUUAUUAUGUAAAUGCAAAUAAGCCAAAAUAAAAAACACUUCUAAUUCCAAGCAUUUCAGAUAAGGGAUAUUCAACAUGUAUCAAGUUGGCAGCUGUUGCUAAUAUAUCUGUCCUUUUAAUUGUGCUACUCUUUUUUUUCAAGUGUCCUUUGUACAAAAACUGAUGUAUGAUGGUGCCGGCACUAUAAAAAGAUAAAUGUAAAGCUGGAUAAUCCUUUAGAAUUUUUUUCAGUACUUGUAUGUAUUUUUUAUUUUAUUUUGUUUUUUUAAAUAGGUUUGGAUCAAGUAUCUUGCCCAGGCUUGAAAUAUUAAUGAGCCAGAGCUACAAUGACUGCCAGUGCGUGCUCUGGCUCUAUAAAUAAAUCAUUCUCAUGUUGAUCCUUGUGCAACAGGUUGUUACCUCACUGCAGCUUAAUACUAUGGGCGGUAUUCAAUUCUUUGCAACCCCUUCCACACCCGUUCUGUUUCUGAUUACGGGAGUAGUAUAAUCAUUUCAGCUCGCUACCCCUGGGGUAGUGAGGGCGCCCAACCCUUUAUGCAGCUAAACCUGAUUUACUAUGGGCAAAAUAUGCGCGAUAACGGGGAUCACUUUAAAUCAGAGAUUGGGCGUGAUAUAUCAUUUGAAUACCGCCCAAUGUGUCUGCUGUGGGUAAGAAUGGCAGAGAAAGCAAUCUAGUGUUGGCUCAGAAUUUUUUCUAGGCUUGAUUUAUAAAGAACAUCCUAACCGAUCACACCAUAUCGAUGUAAUAUAUCCGUAAGUUAAGGGAUCAUUCAGGGACAGUCACUCAUCCUGUGAUGCAGUAUGAAUAGCGCAGUCCUCAGCAAUGUGCUUACCGGGCGCGGAGCAGUCAAAUAACAGAUGGCGCAUAGAUGGCGAGUAGAUAUAUUGCCACGAAUGGACGUGACCAUUUUAUUGGUGGAUCUAUUCAUGUGUCUUCUCUAGCCCAGCGACAUGUGCAGUACAGGGGUUAAGGAAGUCCCUGCUACAUGGGGGAGUUAUGGAGAGAAGGGACAAGGUUCACAAGCUGAAGUCCUAGGAGAGAAAAUUCUUACAUGAGCGGAAGGGGCAGACAGCUAUAGUGUCUGGAGCUUACACUGGGGUUUGGCAGCAGUAUUUGCUGGGAAACCUCCAGCUGCUGUCAAAUGACUGAAAACACAGAUUAUACCCAGAUCCUGCUAUCCUGUCUCUGCCCUCUCUUUUUGACCAGCCAGCCCUACCACUCCUAGCACUUUGUCUGCACAGAGUAUCAGGAUCUGGGUAAAGAGGGGAAGUGGCUGAGACAUGGGAGCUCUGCUAUUGGGCAGUAACCUGGGAGGAGGCAGGAAGACAGCUGUUUUCAAUUAUUUUCUCCCCUAACUAGGCUUAUUACAUAAUCCUGAAAUGGUGAUAGAUUCUGUAGAGAAAUUGAAAUUGGAGCUGUCCAUUUUUCUCUGAAUUGCAAGCAGGUUGCUUUCCUCAUACCAGUGUACUGUAUGGAGUAUCGAUAUUUGCAGUAAUUAGGGGCACCUCUUGAGAAAUCAGAUUUCUCCAUUGACCCCUUCUCUGAAUGCUAUUGGUGUAGUCUAAAUUAGCACAUUGUACUUUCUUCUAGUCUUUCCUCACGUUCCAUGUGUGCAUUGCCUAACCAUUUGUACACAUACAGCGGAGCUAGUUACAUUAGCACUAGUUACAUUUAUGUAAUGGGCCCUACACACUGGGGGUCAUUCCGAGUUGUUCGCUCGCAAGCCGUUUUUAGCAGCUUUGCACACGCUAAGCCUACGCCUACUGGGAGUGAAUCUUAGCAUAGUAAAAUUGCGAACGAAAGAUUCGCAAUAUUGCGAAAAGACAUCUCUGUGCAGUUUCUGAGUAGCUCCAGACUUACUCGGCAUCUGCGAUCAGUUCUGAGCUUGUCGUUCCUGGUUUGACGUCACAAACACUCCCAGCGUUCGCCCAGCCACUCCUCCGUUUCUCCAGCCACUCCCGCGUUUUUCCCAGAAACGGUAGCGUUUUUUCCCACACGCCCAUAAAACGGCCUGUUUCCGCCCAGAAACACCCACUUCCUGUCAAUCACAUUACGAUCGCCUGAACGAAGAAAAAGCCGUGAGUAAAAUACCUAACUUCAUAGCAAAUUUACUUGGCGCAGUCGCAGUGUGAACAUUGCGCAUGCGCACUAAGCGGAAAAUCGCUGCGAUGCGAUGAAAUUUACCGAGCGAACAACUCGGAAUGACCCCCACUGAUUGAUUUGUGCAAGAUGAACGAUUUGAAAGAUGAACGAUUUUUUAUGAACAAUUUUUUGCAUACAUACUGAACGAAGUCUAUGGGCGAUUUGGACGACAUGACAUUACAUACAUCGAUAUCGUCCAAAUUGGCUUGCAUGUUUAAACGAUGAUCGAUCAACGAAGAAUAAUUGCGGGGAUGCACAUCGCUCAUCGUUGUUGCAUACACACUGAAAGAUAUGAACGAUUUAUCGUUAAUUUUUUAACGGUAUCUUUCAUAUAUUUCAAAUAAAUCGCCAAGUGUGUAGGACCCUUACGGUGUUAUCAGUGGUGGAUCUAAAGCCCGGAGGCUAUGUGGCUAAUGGUGGGAAGAUAGGGGGUGGCGAUACUGGCCAAUCCGCUAAUGAUUCCCUCACCCUACUGUUCUAGAGAGCAUACAUACAGUAUGUACGUCACCUGCAUGGUCAGAUUUACGGCUAAAUUAUUUUCAGCAUUUCCACUUGAUUUAUGGAUUUAUUAUUUUUAAGUUAUUUACAAGUUAAGUUAAUUACAAUGGUUAAUUUCUUCCAACCUAUUUGGGCUAUCUUCCAUGACUAAUAUGCGGGAUAAGCGCCCUAAUGAUAGGUAGAGGUGACUCAAUGCUUCAUGCACAUUGGAAAACCCUGCACCCUGUAAGUAGUGAGCAGCCCACAGUGUUGUUCAGUUGUACCCAAUAUAAACCUCUUGAGGAUGGUACACAAUAGCCGAUUCUGGAAUGCCGGCAAUGGACGACUAUAUCGUUGAACGAUAUAGCGUUCAACGAUAUAGUGCAUACACACUGAACACUAUUGUUCAACGAUAACGUUCUGUGACGUCACCGCCCAGCAUUCCCGAACAUGCAGCUCAGCCCGACAUUGACAGGUUGAGCUGCAUGUCUGCUCAAUAUUGGUGAACGCUGAAUGAUGUGCGGGAGUGCAUUGUUCAUCGUUCACCAAUAUCACCCGCAUACACACUGGACGAUAUAAGCCUAAAAAUAAACGAUAACAACAUUUUAUAUCGUUAUGUAUUUUUCAGGCUGAAAUCACCUAGUGGUUACCCCCUUCAGUUGUUUAAUAUCAUUAUAGUAAUUUUGAUGCAUAGGACAGUGCACAAUUCCACAUAGGUCUCUCUUCAUACAUACUACCUAAAAAGGUCUUGUGGACAAAAAACCCUAUAUUGUCCAUGAAAGUCAAAUGUAUCCGUAUUCUAUACAUACAAAGCAAGAAAGUAGACUUGUGAUGUCACAUGAGAAAAAAAACGCUCUUUCUAUUGUAACACUAAUUCUAUUGUCCAGUUGUAAAUUACCACCACUAAUGUUAGACACUUUGAGAUAAAGGGGUCAUUCCGAGUUGAUUGCUCGCUAGCAGUUUUUUGCAGCCGUGCAAAUGCAUUGUCGCCGCCCACUGGGGAGUGUAUUUUCGCUUUGCAGAAGUGCGAACGCUUGUGCAGCAGAGCGCCUUCAAAAUCUUUUUGUGCAAAACAGCCCUGCAGUUACUCUUCAUGUGCGUUGAUUCUAACGACGGAGGGGCGGCUUUUGACGUCACUCACCCGCCCAGCCACACCUGCGGUUUUUCAGCAACGCCUGCGUUUUUCCAAACACUCCCUGAAAACGGUCCGUUGCCACCCAGAAACGCCCACUUCAUGUCAAUCUUCCUGCGUUCGGCCGUGCGACAGGAAUGUUCGUUAGACUCUGUGCAAACCCGCGAUGCUCAUUGUACCUGUUUGACGCACCUGCGCAUUGCGGUGCAUGUGCAGAAAUGCUGAUUUUUAGCCUGAUCGCUGCGCUGCGAACAACGGCAGCUUGCGAUCAACUCGGAAUGACCCCCAUAAUGCAAUAUUUUAGGGUAAUGCAGUAUAGACCCUGUAUUAAAGGAUUGUUCAGAGGAAUGUGACUACACCACUUGUACAUAAAAUAUUUCCCAGUUGUAAAUGACCUUCACUACAUUUUAGACUGUGUUAUAACAUUGGAAUGCAAACGAUUACAUUAUAUUACUGCAGUACAGACUUGUAUAAAAGGAUAGUUCUGUGUAGUGUGCAUUAGAGAUCAUAUUUUGUCUUACUGCAAAAAAAAAAAAAAAAAAAUGAUUGGCUUCCAAUGUCAUAGAGGACUGUAUUAGGCCCUACACACUUGCCUAUUACACUUAGCGAUAUGAACGAUCUCGUUCAUUAAUGAACAAGAUAUUGUUCAUAUCGCUCAGUGUGUAGGCACCAACGAUGAACGAUGCGCGGCCCUGCAGUCGUUCAUCGUUGGUGCUGACUUGUUUGUAUAUGCAAGCCAAUCUCAUCCAUAUUUGCCUGCACUGCUAUGGAGCCGGGUGAUGGGGGGAGUGAGGAAACUUCACUCCCCCCGUCACACUCCGCCGCUGGGUCGGCUGUCGGCACCUGGGCCAGUGUGUAGGGUCCCUAAGAUUGCCCAUCGCCAUUUCAAACUGACACAACUCCUACUUUCCAAUGCACUAGCAAUGUACAAUAAAAUGUAUUCCCAUGUCUUCAGUCUGGCUGCCUUGUGUUGCACAUUGAAGUUCAUUCUGUACAUUCAGAGACAUGUAUUCAUUGUGUCUUGUGAUGUUUUCCAGGCAUCACUGAAGUAAAGGUGUUCGAGAUGUACAGAAACUGUGCUCUGAAUUGCAGGGGGUUUGCAUAAUGCAGCUCAUUUAUGCGAUGCAUCCUGCCACUUAUUGCAUGCAUAUCAGUGUAUAUUAACUCCGUGUGUGAAGACUUUAGCAAAGGACAUCUCUCCCGGUAAUAGCUGUUCCUUGCCAUAGAAGGAAUUCCAGGUUUAGGAACCAAGUGUCCUCCUGCGUAUGCGUUGAGUGACGUACAUGCCGUGGGGGGUGCUGGGAGGGAUCCGAUUAGAUGCCUCUUAGGGAAAUGCGAAUAGAAGCCCAUAGGUUACUAUAGGGCAGUGAUGGGGAACCGUUGGCCCUCCAGCUGUUGUUCAACUACACAUCCCAGCAUGCCUUGUACAGUUUUGCUAUUUGGCCAUGCUAAAACUAACAGGGCAUGCUGGGAUGUGUAGUUCAACAACAGUUGGAGUGCCAAAGGUUCCUUAUCACUGCUAUAGAGUAACACCAUCUAAAGAUGGCACUGCCCACCGUGUCCAUGCUCCGGAAUGUAUCGCAUUGUGGAGCUUGGUGCAUAAGAGAAGUGUGCAAACCUCCUAUAACACCAUUUUCGGAGGUUUGACCGCAAAAUCAGCGUUGAUGCAUCCCGUCCAUUGUGUUUCUUGAAAAACAAAAUCAAAAUGGGGGGAAUUCAGUUACGGCUAUCUUUGGAUUUCUUCGCCUGGCCGAAUCAGCACAGCAACAGCUGCACUUUAUGGCAAGCCAGAUCUCGCAUAUACUGCUCUCACCCCACAGGCUUGCAAGCAGUUUUGUGCAGAUUCAGGUGGGUGGGCGAGGGGUGUGAGACGUGCUGCCGUUGCCGGCAUUUAAACGCUGCAGUAACGGCAAUUUACACCCUUCAUCUGCAAUUGAAUUCCCCCAUGUGUCAAUUAUUUAUGGUGUCAGUCUAUAUCAGUGACAAUUUUAAGAGAAAUAACAGUGAUUACUCUGCUAGGUUAUUAUCUAAAUACUUGUGAUAUAAAUGAUGGUUAUGUCUGGUUAAUGUAGCAUGAUAACUUGUAUCCUGUGGCACCACAUGUUCAGAUGUGGCCUUUUUGCUCACUUGCCGAUUGGCUAGAUAUUGUUUCAAAUAACCCCAAAUGUGGUCAUGUGACAAUUCCACCAAAUGUCCUCUUCAUACCAAUGUGUGUUAUUAGCAAACUAGGUUCAUCAUGCUGUCUAACCACAUCUAGUCAUCUGAAUAGGUAUACACGCUACAGUGCUCACCUUGUUUUUUGUUUUGUUUCUUAUUUUUAUAAAUCAACCACACUACCCUCAUAAUCUGUGUGUCCAUAAAUCCGCAUUGGUUAAUCCAGUUAUAGACCACAUACUACAUUGUAAAAGCAUAUCCAUUUCCACUUGAGAUCCGCCCUACAGCAGUGAGUGUAAGGAAUAGAACUUAUUUUACCUUAGGUGUAGCGUUAAAUCUAUAAAAUCUGAGUAGUUGCUAUGGGUAACCUCUCCACUUCUAAAAACACGCACUUUGGUAAAUAGACCCCUAAUUGUCUUGUUGGUUUUUUUUGUUGUUUUUUUUUCCCCUUUUGAGGUUUUGAAAAAACUGCAGUUACACAUCCAGAAAUGUCUCCAUUCAUUAAUGAAAGCAUAAUCCCUUUUUCCAAGAAUUGUUGACCGCAUUUCAGACCGCAUUGGCGGGUCGCGCCCAGGAUUUGUACACGGGUCCUUCCCAGGUACGACCCGACUGGAACCCCUCUCAGGCUGGUGGCCCGACCAGGCUUAUUGGUGAGUUGGUGAUGCCACCGCCCACGCUUCCCGAGGUGGAGUUUGGAGGUGAGAUGAUCUCCAAGUGUCACCUCUUCCUAUGCAUUGAACAGGUGCCAGGUUUUAUCGACCUGGAUUACCUGUUCACACUGCAUCGCGAGCCAAGUUGAACCCGUGUUCGACCUGGGUUAUUUCAACUGGCCCCUUUCAGACUGGGUUGUGGCAGGUUCAUGUGUAGAAGCCCGUGUUAUUGCUGGCAGUCUGAAAGGGGUAUAUGUGGACUACACAUUGAAUUCGCUUUUUUUUUUCUUUUCUUUUUUUUAAGUUCCUUUACACAUAGUAGGGAAGUUUUCCUUGUCUCCAGUCUUCCAGACUUUUUGUAUGUCGUUUUUCUUACAUGUUGUAAACAUUUAUAAAGUUGUAGCUGCUAUGUAGAAUUUGUUUCUACUUAAAUUGUUUUUAAAACGCAACUUUCUUCAUUUGAAUUUUACUAACAAUACUUAAGGUAUCAACAAAUAUAUUAGUGAAACAAAAUAUUUAUUAACUGACUUUAAAUCCAUCUUUUGAGAUAUAAAAAACACUUAGCAGUUAUUAUUGAUGAGUAUACGCUCACAUCAGACCUUUUGAUACUUAAGUACUAUUUUUAAGCAUUUUAUUUUUAUUGUACUCUGCUAAAUAUAAUGUGCUUAUAGAUUUGUAAUACGUGGCUUAUGUUUCUGUAUUUUAUACUUUGAACUGUAUGUAUAAGCAUAAAUAUUUGUUAAAUGCUGCUUUUCAGGGAUAUGUAAGAUUUUUAAAUCAACCAAAAAAGAUAAAUCUUCUGUUUGUGGAAAAAGAAAAAAUUUGGACAGAAGCAUUAGAUUGUAUAAUCCAUUUCAGAACAGUGAUCUUUAACAUAUUCGUUUUAUCUGCAAUAAUUCAUUUGGAGGCUAGAAGAACAUAAUAAAAUGUGAACUUUUAUACAUAUAUAUAUAAAUAUAUAAAAUACUUGCGCUUCUGGUAAGUGUUAGAAUGUAAUUUUCAGGUUUUUUUUAGUUUUCCAAUUUUUAUAAUUUUUGCUAUAGUGAACUAUGUUUUUAUGACACAUGAUUUGUUAUUGCAAAUUGUGGGUGCUUGCUGUGUUUGCUGUUAAGCAAUGUUGAUUGACAUUGUGAAAUAAAUUUUUAUUAAAUGAUUUCAA